AUCGAGCGCGAAGAAAUCAAAUUGUUUUACAAUAGCUCGUGAAAAAAAUAUUGGAUGUUGGAAGGAGGCAAAUCCGAAACAUGGAUACCGGCGUUUGGAUCAAAAAAGUCAAAUCUGCGAAAGCAACUGUUAUCGUUGAGGAUGGAAAACGUAAGGUGCACUUCUUAUUUCCUGAUGGUUUGCAAAUGGUUGAAGAAUACGAUUUAUCAACUCAAAACCUACUAAUAAGGAAAUUUAAAAGCCAAACCACACUUGGUGGUGACGGACAGUGGGAAUUCGAAGUUGGAGAACCGCUUAGAAGAGAAAAUCUGCUUUCAGAACAUAUAAUGGAGUCACCACAAGCUCCAUUGUUCAGUCGUAGCGAUGCUCCACAUGCUUUCCAAUGGCGUAUCCGUAACUUACCCUACCCAUUAGAUGUGUACAAAGUUUCUGUUGAAGAUGAGAAUAUCUUGUUGCGAACCACCAAUAAAAAAUAUUACAAGAAGUUUAGUAUUCCAGAUAUGACGCGGUUGGGUUUACUCUUAAACGAAAAAUGUAUCUCAUUGACUCAUGCAAACAAUACCCUUCUGAUUUCGGUUUGUGAUCUUUCUAUUAAACGUGUACUCUUCCUUCUAGUACAAAAAGCCAAAAGAAGUCUUAGAAAACGAAGAACUAGUUAAAAAAUAUGUAAAUACAUUGAAACCAGUAGAGCAACAAGAAGAUUGUAAGACAUCCUGAUGAAACGUGAUAAAUUACUUCGUCCUUAAAAUAUAUUCUAAUUUAUUAUGA